AUGCGCAAAGUAUUGGCUGGCCAAGGAGAAUUCCAACCGGACCAACCGUACCGGUCGACCCGGGGAAGAAGCGGACUAUGCUCGGCCGGACGAUACAAAAUGCGUGACAAGUCGUUCAAGCAACACGCACGGACAGGAGGAGAACAGGCCGCACUCAGCCAGGACAAUACACGGACAGACCGACCGUACCGGUCGGGAAGCAAACGCUUUCCCUCUGCCAAGUUUCGCGUUCGACCAAAAAUUCGGCCGACCUCAUCGCACGAUCGGGACAAAAACCGUUUGGCCAUCGACCCAAAAUUUCUCGGCCAAUGUAAAUAA